AUGGGAGGCAUCCAAAUUAAGCCGCGCAACAAGCGCCAGGAACCCCAAGCCCCUCAUCAUCAACACGCUACCACUGCCUUCAACCAAUUUCCAUAUCCAUAUACACAGACUCACAGUGAACCUUUAUCUAGGGCUUCCCGCUAUGCUGGGUCACGAUACGACGGCGACAACCGCAAUAGGUCACGAUCCCGUGAUCGCUCGCCUGAUCGAUACAAUGACCGCGCCUCUCAAUAUAGCGAUGGGGGACCACGACGGGCCUCGGGGGAGUCCCGCGGAAAUCAUUCGGGCUUCCAGACAAACCGAGACAGCUUUCGCGAUACCCUUCCUAGAGACACACCCAGAGGACCUCGCGCCCUGUUAGAUGCACCAAGUGGACCGCGUGGCGGCGGCAUAUCGGGCGACUUUCGUGGCAGAGGCCGAGGGAGAGGACGAGGGUGGCGGGACGACAGCCGCGACAGAGGAAGGGAUCGUGACAUUGACUUCAGAGACAGACGCGAAUCUACAUAUCGCGAUGAACGCAGUAGAGAACGCGAACGUGACUGGCGCGACAGAGAUCGAGAGAGUUUCCGAGGCAGGCGUCCAUCGCCCAGGGGGAGGUCUCCACCAGGAAGGGAUUUCCGCGACCUCAGAGAUGCACCAUUAGGUGUUGACGCUGAACGAGCACGCCGUGGCUCAAGGGAUGGACCUCUCUCGGCUGGCUCAUCCAACUCCGAUCCGCCAUUUGGACCCCAGUCGUAUCGUGGCGGCUUUGGUGGCCGAGGUCGUGGCCGCGGUCGGGGUGAUUGGGAUCGAGGGCGUGGUAGGGGCUUUUACGACGAUAGGGAUCGUGACCGGUACGGACCAGGUCCUCGGGCACGCUCUCAGGAAGGGCGGUUUCGUGACCGGGAUGAUCGAGAUCGGGAACCUCGGUUCUUUGAUAAUGACGCACGUCCUCGAGAUCCGCGAGAUCCUCGAGACGAGCGUGAUGUGCGUGAACGCGACAACCGCCCUAAGAUCGAAAGAACCUCCCAUGAACCACCGCCAUCUACGAGAGAUGUCUCCCCUCCUCCUAUUGCUCCCGCCGCUCCAUCCUUCGGGUCCGUGCCAAAUCGGACGGCAUCUGUAUCUGAAAUUAGCACCACAACUGGUAAAGUCCCUCCCACCGGGCCACGGGCUUUCAAGGAUGAGCGUCCCCCGGGAGGGUCUGCGACAAGUGGCGAGGUAAGAGUUCCUCCGACCGGCCCUUCAAAACAGCCUUUCUCGGAAGGCGCGCCGCCGAUUCCUUCAGGUCCUCGUGCUCACGGCCAUUCUCAUGCUCCACGGACUGGCCCCUCAUCUAAGCAAUGGAUCAAUCCGAACUUGAAGCGCGGGCCUGAAUCGCCAAAGAUGAACAGGUCCCAGAGUAUUGCGCAGAACCGGUUCCCGGGUUACCGCCCGGAAAGUUCGAGCUCGGAUUAUCAACCAGAAACCGAUCGACGACCGCGGAGUAGUGAUGCCAAGUCGGACUUUCAUGGACCUUCUGCAGGUGGCCAGCAUCGGGAUGUGCAUAUGCACGACGUUGAUGGCGAUGCUGACCAUUACAUGCGAAGGCCACGAUCUGCAGGCUCCUUAGACCGAGAGUACAAGCAACAAAUAUCGCCCACUACGAUGGUGCCUGAGAAUUCACGAAUCCACAAUGCAGAUGGUGUUGUCCUGAGAGCAGGACAGAAAGGCGAGGAUAGAACGGCAAAGUUGGAGAAUGCAACACCGAAAGAGCAUCUCAGUCUUAAGCGAAGCAUGAAUCGUGGUAAAGUUGCGCUUCCACGAAAGCAAGCGACAGCUGUGGUACUAGAUCAAUCCUCGGAAUCUGACGAUGAGGAAUUUGGGGACGUCAUUGAGACCGAUCUCCUGAAAGCAGAAGAAAAUCUCAGAAAGCUGGAGGUCAUUGAGGAGAUAGGUUCCAUGGAUGUCAUCGUUCGUCACGCCAUAUUCUCACUGGAAACUGUCGACAGACUUGUUACUGGCUCUGAAGGUUUGCAGUCCAUGAUCGACCUGAUACCAAAUGAUCCAAAUGUCCUAGCAGAAGACACGAAGUCAAAUGAGCCGGAACAAGAACUUCAGGACGAUAUCAAAUCCCUCAUCUCAGCGCCGUCAUCAAACAAGGUACUGGAUGCAGCAGUUUCUGACAAGACUUCAUCUCCUGUGACUGCCAGACUACCCUCAGUACCAAUUAUUGCGAAGGCAGAACUUCCGCACCCGUCGAUCGAGCAAGAUGUCGACAUGCUAUCAACCGAGGAUCGGGAAGAAGCCAACACCAAAGAUACCCAAGCAAACAACGAGGAUGUAAUCAUGAAGGACGUCGGUAACACAACUAAGCCUGCAUCUGGUUCGCAACUGGAAGUCCCACAAGUCAACGGCGAGAAAUUCCCAAGGUCGCGCCCAUCAUCCACGUAUCCUGACGACGAGCCGGCCCUGUCAAAGGAUGGCAGCAAACAAGCAACACCCACCCCAUCCCCGGCAGAGGAUGACGAUGAGACAGAUAUCGACGAGGACAUUGACCUGCGAACCGUGGAAACUGUUCGUGUACAUAUGAACACCCCGCCACUGGACUCAUUGCCGGACUUUCAGGAGGUCCCGUGGGCCGAGGACCAGCCCUUUCUUAAAACACUGGAACUUUCACCUUUGCACUUUAGCAAUUUCAUCCUGAAGAGAAUGAACGAGGAUGCUGAGGAUAUAGCUGCAGAGCAGCAGAAACAGAGAAAACUCUACGCAGGCAACUAUGAGGCGUAUUUACGGUUUACUUUGUCGGAUGAUCCUGUUGCUGUGCAGAGCAGAGAGAAAUUCACCCACGUACCUGGUGCGCCUGAUAUCCCAGCUGUGAAGCCUUCGUACAGUGAGAAUCCCAAACCUGAGUCUACCCGACGAAGCAGAUAUGCUACUGAACGAGAUGUUGAAAGGGUCCUUGAAGAAUCAAAAAGACUGGAGGAAGAGAAACGUGAGCGUCAACAGCGCGCAGAACGAGAAAAAUACAGGACUGAAAAAGAGGCCGUCAUUCCAGAUCAGUAUCAAACCUCACAGCAACUGGAUCACGAUUUUUACGUGGACGAGACAGGGCGAACAAAUCCAGAAAAGGUUAUAGCCGCAUGGGAGGUUCUACCGCCGGCUGAAAACUUCACGGAAGAAGAGGUCAAGUCAUUUGAGAAGGCUUACAUGGAAUUUCCCAAGCAGUGGGGCCGAGUUGCCAAUGCGCUCCCAGGAAGGGAUUUUGGGACUACCAUUCAAUUUUACUAUCUCAAGAAAGACAGGGAUGAGCUUAAUCUCAAAGAAAAGCUUAAGAGGCGACCUCGGCAGCGUAGGAAGCGAAACGGGAAAGGCCGUUCAAGUGCACUUGUUUCCGAGCUCAAUGCUGAACCCGACCAAUCUGAGGAAACUGGUGAGAAUGGAGAGAGGCGCCGCCCUCGCCGUGCGGCUGCUCCGACAUUCAAUUCGGAGGCUACGCCCGCGGCGGAUGGCGAAGCCGGCGCCGGAGCUUCGACGCCUGGCCGCAGAGGAGCUGCAGCCAGAACUGCUGACGGAGCCGAGAAACCAGAGCGUAAGCCUCGUGGUCGCAGAGCCAAAAAGGACCAGGAAAAACAGCCACGAGCCAACCAGACGCUUGCCGCAGCACCUCCAGCUACUGCCGUUAAGGGUAAUCGAUCUCGGUCUAGUUCCCGUGUUCAGAACACAGACUGGGCGAUUCAACCACCACCACCACCUCCUCCUCCGGCAUCAUCAGGAGAAGUAUCUCAGAUUCCCACACAAUUUGAACUAGGUUCUGGUGGUGCCCCGGUGCCUCCAGUAUCUAUGCAGCCACCUUUCACGGUUGCACAGCCGCUUCGUAGCCCGGAGAGGACCAUUCCGCCUCCCGCCAUUUCACUGCCGGAUACAAUGGCUCCGCCACCUUUACGUCCUGAACCACCGCAGCCUGGCAUCAUGUCUCCAUUUGAUGUUGGUCAACGCUCUUCGGUGGAUCGCAAGGCAGGUUCUCAAGCUUCAAGUUAUUGGAGCGUUUCCGAAACCACUGAUUUCCCGCAUCUACUAUCAUCGUUUGGAAGUGACUGGUCCAUGAUUGCCUCGCACAUGGGCACCAAAACCCCUGUCAUGGUCAAGAACUUUUAUCUUAGACAGAAGGACGGAGGCAAGAAAGAUUGGGAAGAUCGUGUUAAUGAGGCUGAACGCAAGAAACUUCGAGGAGAACCGCUGCCGGUACCACCUCCGCCGACUCCAGUAGUCAAGAAAGGGAAAUUCGACACCACGCCACUCAACCGAUCGAUGGUUUCCGACACAAUUAUGGAAGAAACUCUGCCGCCAAAACUUGAGCAGCCACCGCCUGUCCCACAGCCCAUGACUGGACGCUUCAAUGUUCCUAUCGCAGCCCAACCUCAAGCCGCCAUUGUGCAGUCACCCUUCAGCCAAGGCGGCCCUGUGCCUACAACACUCGCCCAAGCACAAGCUGCACCGCAGCCGCUUUCUCAACCUGUGACACAAACAAUGUCACCGUCUCACAGACCAUUACGAGCCCCAGCGUCGUUUGGUUACCCUGAAAGAGAACGUGAGGCGCUGCAGACACCUGCAAGAUCGGCAUUACCACAGCACAGCCAAGUGCAACCCAUGCCUGUUUCCGAGCCCCCUUCCGCGCGGCAUCCAUUACCCGGUGCUGUAGUAGAUUCGUCCCUGGAGCGGCAGAAGGCUGAGAUCAAAACAUCAAAGGAGCAGCUUCGGCAGCCUGAAAGAACGCCGCUUCGUGUUAAACAAGAGCCUGAUAUGCCUAUGGAUCCCUACACCCGGAUGGAUUCCUACACUGUGCCCCAGCAGGCCAGCCAUUUUGUUCCGAGAGAGGCAAUGCCAGUAACACGGCCACCGGACCCCCCCAGAGCCGCCGCUACCCCUCAGGUUUCGCCAUUUGGAAGCAUGCUACAACAAACACCCUCCCGGGGUGGGUUACUAAGUGACAUGCACCCCUCGCCUCAGGCUCCAUCACGAUCUUUGUCGGGGUUUUCACGAGACAUGGGUCCUAUGUCCGAUUAUAGUCGCACGCCACCGGCACAACCCACGCCACCAGCACCUGCAGCAGCUGCACCCGCGAAACCGAAGACGUCCAAUAUCAUGUCCUUGCUGAAUGAUGAUCCGCCGGCGCAACCUAAGAGAGUUGCUGAAAUGCCGUCCGCUGCGAAAUCCUCAUCUACACCACCGCCAGCCACCCUAUCCCGACCUCCUCCAGCACCGCCCGCACCUACUCAGCUUCGACAACAGACUCCCCUGGCAGAGGCCCAGGCCUACGGGCAUUUCGGACGACCACCUCCAUCAGCGCCAUCAUCAGUUUCAAUGCCCCCGUUGAAGCCUUACACGACAGCCUCUCCACAGACUCAGCCGCUGAGUGCUCCACGACAAAUGGCUAUGGACUCGCCUGCUGAGCGCCAGGAACGUGAGUAUUUUGGGCAUCACCGGCGCCAGUUUUCAUCACCGCAUCCGACGGCAGCGAAAUCGCCACAAACAACUCAUCCCUACCCAGCUCAACACCAAGCUGGGCAAAUGCCCUAUCAACCACAGCCUGCUUACGGUUAUGGUGGCCCGGCACCGGGGCCGCCGUCAGUAGCAUCACCGCCACCUCAAUAUCAUCCAUCAAUGCCCAGGGGACACGAGCCUCCUCCAACCCCUCUUCGAGAUAUGGGCUGGGUCGGUUCGCAUCCCGGCAUUGGUACACAACAGCAACAACAACAGCAGCAGCAGCAGCAGCAACAGCAACAACAGCAGCAACAGCAACAGCAGCAGCAGCAGCAGCAGGAACUCCGACAACAGCAGCAACAACAGGCAGCACAACAGCAGCAAGCUUGGGCAUCGAAGUCUUCUCAACAUCCACCUAGUCAGUCGCCCUGGGGAGCGCAACAUGCUUCUACGCCGAAGCCACCGCCGCCAAGCAGCUCUGUACCACCUCAGCCUACCUGGGCAGCACCGCCCCGUGGCCAUGAUCCGCGCGAUGCUCUAAAUCUUCGCGAGGCCAGAGAUCCUCGGGAAAUGUAUCCCCCGCAUCGAGGUAUGCAGCCACCAAUGCAGACUCCUUAUGCCCCAACAACUCGUGCACCUGAGCCGCCACCCCCACAACCGCCAGCUGCAUACUCUCGUUAUGCCAAUACUCCUGUUCCAGGCCACGAGCUCCGUGAUCCUGGCCCGCAGAGAAGCUAUACGCCGAACCCUUAUGAUCACAGAGGCGCCUACCCGCCUCCUGGCCCGGACAUGCGAGGCCAGGACAUGCGCGACGCUCAAAUUCGUGAGCAGCAACAACAAUCUCUCCUCCACCAACAGUUGCGGCCACAGGACCCAUCGCGAAGCAUGUAUGAUCGAGCACGUGAUCGCUAUGGUCGUUAG